CACUAACUCGUUCGGACCCCAAUUGCUACAUGUGGGCCCACUCUUUUCAAGGGAUUACUUUUUGUAGACGUAGGCAGACAUCUAUAUAGACAUCUAUUAGAUGAAGUCUUCGAGGAAAUGAUAAAUGGAUUAUAACUUUGUACACGCGAUCUCUCGAUAUGGCGAGUGGAAACUCAGGUAAGUUAGAGGCCUCUGUCAUUCAUCUAAAUAGGGAUGUUAUUCUGUAAUUAACACUCAAAUGAGCUUUGAAAGUUACCAGCAGACGCCCAACUCCGUUAAAAUGUUUAAAUAGUUCACUUUCAGAAGCGAAAGUUUACUAUAGGUAGUGUAUGGCAAUAUUACGAUACCAAAAAAUUAAACUCGAUUUGGCUAUCAUAUAAAUUUUGAAUCAACUCACAAACUCUAUGACUUGGCAAUUUGGUGACUGGAUUCAUUUGCAUUGCGGAAUUAAGUUUUAUUCUAAUAUAUCCUCGGGACUUGAGAUAGAUAUAAAGGGCAUGUCAUUUGUUGAAACAUUCGAGAAAUUAUCUUGAAAGACUCUUUGUUCUGAGCAAACCGGAAAUGCUUAUAGUCAAUUACGGCAAUAACAUAAGGUAAAAUUUCCGCACAGCCCCAUACUAUUGUAAAACAAUUCUGUUUUCCCAAUGGCAAUGUGUUGUUUUUGUCAUUGUUUCCUCUAUCCAAAAACUGAAUGCAUAAUGUAGUAUGGGGCUAUGCGGAAAUUUUACUCUUGAACUUGCACAUUACGAAACACAACGUGAACACAAUGCAAUUACAUGUAGACCCAAAUAGCCAUAUCUAUUUUCUUCCAUCAUGUAUUUGUGAACUUAUCACGAUGGAGAGGUUAAAAUAACUUGGUUUGAAAUUUUAAAAAUGUUGUCUAGGUACAAGUAAUUUUUAAGUUAUCUUAAACAUUAAAAUUUAAUUCCAUUUGAAAGAAAGGUAUUGGUUAGAGUAAUUAUGGUACUGUAAGAUCUCUGUGGUUGAUUAAACAAAUGCAAUCACCUUUUUUGUGGGGGGUAAAUAUGUUUGUUGGGAGUGGGGUUUCAGUGACUUCUAAAAAGUUUUUUUAAAUGAGAUGAACUACAGGUUUUAAGAUAAUCUUAGUUUAGUUUACUUGUUAUUUCAUAUUAUUUUUUGUCUAAAUUGCAGUUUCAAAACUGAAUGUUACUUUGGCAUCAGAUGUUGAUGGCUGGAACAAAACUGUCAAUGGACAGUUAGUAAUUGAAUUGGGAAGAAAUGACAGGCUCUGUGUGACUGGUUUUGUGCCAAAGAACACACAACAACAGCGAGAACAUGCCAGAAGUCUAAACAUUCAACUUGUUGAAUCUAAGGACCAUGAUGGAUUUUCAUCAGCAGAGCUACUGUGUUUUCCUCCUGAUAAUCUUAAUAUUGAUGUUCUGUUCAUACAUUCUCAUGGAACUAAUUUGGGUCGACAAGCUCAAGCCAUAAAAGAUUUGAAGAAAUGCAAAUGGGUUCAGGUUGUGCAUUCGUUUCAUGAAGAAUGUCAUACAGCUUGGUAUGAAAAUGAAAAUGAACUGCAAAGGAAAAUGUGUGAAAAGGCUGAUGCUGUUAUUGCAAUUGGUUCAAAGACUGCAGAAUCAUGUAGACGAGCACUGCGUUAUUCCUUAAAACAGGAAAAUGUCAUCAACCUCACACCAGGUGUUUGUGAAGACCUUAUUGGUGUGCGCCAGGUUUAUGAGGAUUUGGCAACCUUCCAUGUGCUAAUAAGUGGAUCUUUGAGUCAUUUUAGCAUCAAAGGAUGUGAUGUUGCAGCGAAAGCAAUCAAAUUAUUGAAUACACCAUCUUAUCAUCUGACUGUUGUUGUGAAGUCAUAUGAUGAGACUGCUGGCAUCACAAAGGCUUUGCUUAAUGAGGGGAUCAAUUCACAACAACUGGAUGUAUGUGUUGCUGGAAGCCGUGAAGAGUGGCGAAAAUUGAUGUGUAAAGUGGAUCUUGCCAUUAAACCUUCAAGAAAUGAAGGAUUUGGAAUGAGUGGUCUUCUUGCCAUUUCUGCAGACUUACCUGUGCUGAUCAGUGAACACUGUGGACUUGGCAUGGUUCUAAAGACUGUGUUAUUUGGAAAUUCACAUGUGGUGGACUCAGUCAAACCAGAGGUUUGGGCUGACAGGAUACAGCAAGUCAGAGAUAAAGACCCAGAACUUCGCCGCGAAGAAGCAAAGCAACUCAGGGAUGGUUACACACAGAAGUUCAACUGGAAGAAUCAAUGUGAGAAAGUAGUGGAGACUCUGUGUAAACUUGGCCAAAAGAUUGGUAUGCAUGAUUCAAAUGUAACAGUAACAGUGACAUUUGUUAAUUAUUAAGUUUUAAGAAUUUUCCAACAAUAUGGCAUUAAAAUCUCUCUAGUUUUCAGCCCUUUUGUGUCAAGUAAAAGCAAAUUAUCCUCGGCCACCAACUUUUAAUUUUUCAAUGGCUCUUUAUGAUUUCAUAAUAUCUCAACAGUAUCAUGUACCAUGAUAAGUUCUUGAUUGUUGUUAUUGUGGUGGAGACAAGACUUGCUCUUUUUUUUAACCCUUUUCACCCCAACAUCAGUAUGCAUAUUCUCCCUAACAUCAGUAUGCAUAUUUUCCCUAACAUCAGUAUGCAUAUUCUCCCUAACAUCAGUAUGCAUAUUCUCCCUAACAUCAGUAUGCAUAUUCUCCCUAACAUCAGUAUGCAUAUUCUCCCUAACAUCAGUAUGCAUUUUCUCCCUAACAUCAGUAUGCAUAUUCUCCCUAACAUCAGUAUGCAUAUUCUCCCUAACAUCAGUAUGCAUAUUCUCCCUAACAUCAGUAUGCAUAUUCUCCCUAACAUCAGUAUGCAUAUUCUCCCUAACAUCAGUAUGCGUAUUCUCCCUAACAUCAGUAUGCGUAUUCUCCCUAACAUCAGUAUGCGUAUUCUCCCUAACAUCCGUAUGCGUAUUCUCCCUAACAUCAGUAUGCAUAUUCUCCCUAACAUCAGUAUGCAUAUUCUCCCUACUCAGUUCUCUAAGAUUCCUAUAUAUGCUGACAAAGAGAAUUUGUUUAAUCAAUCAAGGGUUUCUUAUGUUGGUGAUCGUUUCUAUUAUCUCAUAUCCUGUGACAUGAUCAAGGAGUGAUAUUGUUAGGAGAGUUUAGAUGCUAAUCACCCUUAGUGGUUACAGGGUUAACUGGAAUGAAAGGGUUAAUUACAUUACAUUCAUAGCCAUUUUUCUGCCACAGAGCCUGGAAAGUCCUAGUAGUUUACCAGUUAUGAAAUGCUGUUCUUUUUUAUGUGAUUGCUGUGUCUUCAGUCAAGAUUGCUAUAUCAAUAGUAUUUAGAUUUUGGAAUUAUUAAAUAUAUUGGGAAACAAAAUAUAACAAGCUGGUGUUUUGAGCCAACACCUAGCAUUUUCAUUUUUAAAAUGUGGCUUCAGGCCCUGGAGGUUACUUGGACAUAGAACAUACAUUUACCUAAUGUUUCAAACUACAUGCUACAUUGCACUCUGUUUACAUGUUAUUGUAGAAUUUUUGUCAUUUUAUGUAUUAUUUCUCCUGUUACAGAGGGACCUAUAGAAAAGCAGGACCAAGAGGAGGCAGUAAUGAAACUUACUAAAACAGUUCAAAAGACCAACUUAUCUGAUGAAAGCUCUACCAGAGAGGAAAAAGACACUAAGAUGAAACAGGAUGUGGUAGAUGCUGGAAGAAGCCUGGCAAAUGAACGGCUGUCAAUGAGUGUCAGAAACUUACCUCUACCAGUAUAUUCGAGAGUCUGUUUGUUACUGAAUGUCCUGAGAGAUGUGCGAUGGGAUGACUUUCGAAUGCUGGGUGAGAAAGUUGGGCUCUCUAGAGAUGAGAUUGACUUUAUACAACAGCAGAGAAACCCCACUGAUGAAAUUCUGAAAACAUGGUCAUCAAAUCCCCAUGAGGCAACAGUGGCAAAAUUGAUUGAACUUUUGAAACACAAAGAUUUUAGAAGAAUGGAUGUGGCACAAAUACUUGAAGAAUGGGUUUCUUCACAAGAGAGAUGAAUGAUAAGUACAAUAAUUAAUAGUUAGCAUUUUUAGAAAUUCUUUCACUGUAGAAACGCUCUAAAAUCACAAUAACAGUGUUUACGAGUUGUUACUUCAAAGGGACUUAAAGCUUUAAGACUGACAUUUUUUUUGUUUAUUUUGUUUUUAUCUUCCUUAAUCUUUAAUUAAGAUGUUCUUUUAAUGGCUGACUGUUAAUAAAGUACAACAUAUUGGCACCUCAGUUUUGUUAAGCUUGUGGCUAUGUCAUGUCCCUUACGCAUUUAAAACCAAAUAAAAUUUAUAAAUAGUUGUAUUAAUAUAAUAUGAAGCAAUUUUUUAGUUGUUUUGUUGGAUUUCUAGGAAAAAAUGUUACCCAACACUUUAGCAAACAAGUGAGGUGACAAAAUUCCUUACUGUCAGAGAAUCAACGAUUUUUUCUUUUCCUUUUGGUUCAUAGUAAACAUAAAUGUUUGAUUGGGAAUGUCAAUGAAUCAGAUGUGGAACUUUCCAUGUUUCAUACAUAAAGGCAAUGCAAACAUUAUUUGUCAUGGUGUUUUAAAGGAAACAAUAAUUUUUAUUGCAUUAUAAAUUAUGUAUCUUACGAGUUUGGUACUGAUGGACCAAACUCGUUUUAAAAGGUUUUAAACAUUUCAAGGAAAUUUUACCCUUAUUUAACCCAAGCUUUUCUUAUACUAUUAAUUGAAACUGUAGCAAUAAAAAAUAUCAGUCAAACAGUUGUGACAAAAUUCUGUUUACUCCAGGAGAACAUGAUUGGCAACACAGAAUGCUUUGUUUAUUAUGGUCACUAAUUUUGACAGUAAAAUGUAUCAUUAUGCUCUGUAAUUUAGUAUUAUCAAGUGAGUUGAUAAUGUAAAUUGGCCACUCUUAAGAGUUUAAAAGCUGACGUUUCAAGUGUUAACCCUUUGUUGGAGCAAUUGGAGGAAUUGUGGAUUGUGUAUGUUUAUGAGCAAAAAGUGGAGCUGCGCUAUUGGUGGGAAUACAGUGAC